AUGUUACUCAAAGGUCCAGAUUCAACACAAGAACAGGUGCGAGUGCCAAAUGUUAUAGCAUUGGCUGGUUUACCGGCUCGUGGCAAAACAUUCAUUUCACAUAAAUUAUGCCGAUAUUUGAAUUGGAUUGGAAUUAAAACAAAAGCUUUUAAUGUUGGUGAUUAUCGUCGAAAAGUGUGCAGCACAGAGGAUUGUGAAUCGCAGUUUUUUAGUCCAUUCAAUAAAAUAGGCAGUAAAAUGAGAGAUGAAUGUGCAAAACUAGCAAUGGAAGAUUUGGAGCGUUAUUUGACGAGUAAAGAGGGUGAAGUUGCUAUUUUUGAUGCUACAAAUACAACACGUGAACGACGUAAUUGGCUAAAUAAUUUUUGCCAUCGUGAAGAUCGCGACCCACCAUUUCGGCUAUUUUUCGUCGAAAGCAUAUGUGAUGAUCCGGAUAUUAUCAAUGCUAAUAUCACUGAAGUGAAAGUCAAUUCACCCGAUUACAAAGGUCAUAUGACAGAAGAUGAAGCGAAGGAUGAUUUUUUGAAACGAAUUGAAAAUUAUAAAUUACAGUAUGAGCCGAUUGAUGAUGAAUUAGAUGAUGCUUUAUCAUUUAUCAAAGUAAUCAAUGCUGGUCGAUCAUUUUUUGUGCAUAAUGUAAAUGGACAUGUUCAAAGUCGAGUUGUAUACUUUUUAAUGAAUAUACAUUUACUACCUCGUUCGAUCUAUCUUACAAGGGUAAAUUAA